GGCCUAUAUAGCCUUGCAUGUUCCGAUCAAAGGUCACAGCAGUUCAGGCGCUGAGACAGGUGAUUGUCUUUAGGUGAAGCUGUCUUGCCCUGCCAGGUGGUCACAGUGGAUGCAAGUCUGUCAGUUUGUAUGAUAGUAACCAAGUUGAAUCUCCUACGUCACUGUGAGUGAUCUGCAGCCCAGUUCAAAGGACACAAGCCCUGCCCUUGAGUCUGCCUGCGAGAGUAGAGUGCGUUCUUUAUCAGGUGGAGGUUCUGCUGGGAGUCGGUCACUGCAGCCUCGAUCAGCCUGGGAAACACUUUCUUCUGCUGGAGCUCGCCCACCAACCAGAGCCAAGAUGCCCAAAACGGUCAAUGUUCGCGUCACCACCAUGGACGCGGAGCUGGAGUUUUCCUUCCACCCCAACACCACAGGGAAGCAGCUCUUUGACCAGGUUGCCAGGACCAUUGGACUGCGUGAGAAUUGGUACUUUGGGCUGCAGUUUGUUGACGCCAAAGGAUUCAUCACAUGGCUGAACUCUGAAAAGAAGGUGAUGUCCCAGGAUGUGAAGAAGGAGACUACCCUGCAGUUCAAGCUGAGGGCCAAGUUUUACCCCGAGGACGUGUCUGAGGAGCUGAUCCAGGACGUCACCCGGAAGCUUUUCUUCCUGCAGGUGAAGGAGGACAUUCUGGGAGAUGAUGUCUACUGCCCUCCAGAGUCCGCUGUGCUGCUGGCCUCUUAUGCCGUCCAGGCCAAGUAUGGAGACUACGACAAGUCAGGGCAUCAUCCAGGUUACCUGUGCUCCGAGCGCCUGCUGCCCAAGAGAGUGCUGGAGCAACACAAGCUGUCCAAGGAGCAGUGGGAAGAGAGAAUCCAGGUUUGGCACGAAGAGCACAGAUCGAUGCUGAAGGAAGAGGCCAUGAUUGAGUACCUGAAGAUUGCGCAGGACCUGGAAAUGUACGGCGUCAACUACUUUGAGAUCAAGAACAAGAAGGGGACAGACCUGUGGCUGGGAGUCGACGCUCUGGGACUUAACAUCUAUGAGAAGCAGGACAGGCUGUCCCCAAAGAUUGGAUUCCCCUGGAGUGAAAUUAGAAACAUUUCUUUCAGUGAUAAGAAAUUCAUCAUCAAGCCCAUAGAUAAGAAAGCUAAUGAUUUCAUAUUCUAUGCCCCACGACUGCGAGUCAACAAGCGCAUCCUGCAGCUGUGCAUGGGCAACCAUGAGCUGUACAUGCGCCGCCGCAAGCCUGACACCAUCGAGGUUCAACAGAUGAAGGCUCAGGCCAAAGAGGAGAGGCUGCAGAAAAAGAUGGAGAGGGAUCAGCUGGAGGCUGAGAAGAAGAAGAGGGAGGCCAUCGAGAAAGAGAAGGAGAAUAUGGAGAGAGAAAAGCAGGAGCUGAUGAUGAAGCUUCACCAGUUUGAAGAGACAACCAAGAGAGCAGAGAGAGAGCUUCAGGAGCAGCUGGACAGGGCCAUGAGACUGGAGGAGGAGAGGAGGAGGGUGGAGCAGGAGGCGGCCCGGCUGGAGGCUGAGAGGAUGGAGGCCAUAAUAGCCAAGGAGGAGCUGGCCAGGCAAGCUGAGGACCAGAUAAAGAGCCAGGAGCAGCUGGCUGCAGAGCUGGCUGAGUACAGCAGCAAGAUCGCUGUGCUAGAGGAGGCCAAGAGAGUCAAGGAGGAAGAGGCUGAGUCAUGGCACAGCAAGGCUAAGGAAGUGGAGGAGAGUCUGAUUAGGACGAAGGAAGAGCUGCACAGUGUGAUGAGCUCUACUAAUUCAGCUCCUGCUGCCGCUCCUGCUUCCUCCUCCUCCUCUUCGGACAGCGAGAGCGACCACGAGCACAGCGAAGAGAACAGCACCUACAGCGCUGAACUGCAGACACAGGGCAUCAACGACCACUACCAGGAGGAGGAGCGACUCACCGAGGCAGAGAAGAACGAGCGCCUGCAGAAGCAGCUAAAGGCCCUGAGUUCAGAGCUGGAACAAGCCAGAGACGACAACAAGAAGACCCAGAACGAUCUGCUCCACGCCGAGAAUGUCCGAGCCGGCCGCGACAAGUACAAGACCCUGCGUCAGAUCCGUCAGGGCAACACCAAGCAGAGGGUUGAUGAGUUUGAGGCCUUGUAGAAAACUCAGAGACCUGAAGAUCUCUCCCAAAUACCUCCACGAAGGCUCUGAUCAGCAAUGUUUUUAGUUUAAGUGUGAUGUAAUUGCAGUAACACCUGAUUUUAAAGACCCAGAAAAGCAUGGAGCUGAUCUGUGUAAAAGUUUAUUUUAUCGGUUUAACUUUUGCUUGAAAGCACUGUUUUGUUUUGCCUUGUUUUUCUUUGUAGCACUCAAACAUCUCCAAUGUGCUUUUUUGUCCCAUUAAAACAUUAAAACAUAGCAGCUGAUAUACUGCAUGAACAAAGCUGGUAUGUGAGGUGUUCUGUAGAAAUGAUGUGUUAUGAUAAACGAUCAAAAAAGUGCAAUUUGGCUUUGCAGUUUUAUAUUAUACCAAACUGAAGUGGCCAUAUUUAGAUUUAUUUAAUGAAUGUCCCAUAUUGCAAUCACUGCCUUUUAGAACUGCAACUAACGAUUAUUUUUAUUAUUGAUUAAUGUAUUGAUUUUGUAUGCAUUGAACCCAAACAUAUUACAUUUAUAACAAUAUAAAAUAGACAAACAGCAAAUUCUCAGAUUUGAGAAGCUGAAACCAGAGAAUGUUUGGCAUCUUUGCUUGAUAAAUGACUUAAAACGAUUAAUCGAUUACUAAAAUUUUCUGUUGAUCAACUAAUCGAUUAAUCUAUUAUGUCCAAAUAACAUUGCAAUUCAUUUAACUGGCUUUAAUAUGCUUCACUUGAUAAGUCUUUACAUCAGCGUUACAAGAUGAAUAUUUUAGAUAUUUCUGAUGGGAGUUCACCACACAGGAACCUUUUGGACCCUUAUGUUAUUUAAAUUACUUUUUCUGCUUUAAGUGUUACAUUCUUAAUUUAAAGGAUAUUAGCCUCCUGUUUAUGUAGUGUUAUAUAUUUUAGGUAAAAUCUAGAUAAUCUAAUUUACUCUUAAAGAGGCCAUUUAGUUUUUUUUAAAGAAUGGCCAAAAUUGAAGCCGCAGAGCCUGAGAUAUCCCGAAUUUGUAGUCUCUAGUAUGGGUCAAACUCCAACAACACUGGAUCCUACAUUUCCCAUAAUGCAAUAGACCCAACCGGACUCUUAAAACGCCCACGACUUUCAUUCACCACACCUGCACUUUGUAACACAGACUUUCUGUUCUGUUUUAAAUAAAUGUGUAGUCUCAAAUCCAAACCCAGGUAACUCUGAUGACAUCACUGUGACAUCAUCAGGGUCAUUUUAUUUUUCAACCUUUGAAAAGCUCCUUCAGAGCCACAGAAGAUAUUAUAGCUGAUAUGAAUUUGUUUUCACAGGCUGAGGAGUGCUCCUUGUUAUGACUGAACUGUGGAAUGAUCCUUUAAACCAGCAUUAACAGACUUUACAUUGCAGCUUUACAUUCAGGCAGGAGAGCAAAUAAAGACAGUGGUAACUCUCUGAUGUCAAACUUGUAUGUAUGAUAUCAUAAAUAUUGUCCUCUUCCAUGCCAUAAAAUAAUAAAAGCAUACAUUGUCA